CAUACAUCAGUCAGUGCAGCAUUACAGUCGAUCGGUGCAGUGGUGCGAAGUGUUUGAGGUGGUUCACAAUUUGUUGAUCAGUGUACAGGUGUACAGAGUUUUUCAGGCUCGUUAUAUACCAAAGGUAUAAAAAGUCGGCAAUAUGUGGGAUGAUGAGCCAGCACCAUGGGGCGAUGAUGCGCCAGCGGCAGAGGCAGGUGCCGCUGCUCCGGACGCAGCAGCAGAAGGAGCACCCGCUGCUGCAGCUGAAGAGGGUCCAUGGAAUUGGAGAACAGCCAACCUACCAAAAGCAGAUCCACCACACUAUACCACUCACUGGGUUAGGCCACUUUACCUGAAUUAUCGUUACAUCUAUGAUUACAGACAAAAUUAUUACAACGAUGUGAUUGAUUGGAUGAACAAGAGGAAUCUUGGUAUUCAACGCGAGAUUCCACGAGCACAAGAAUGGGCCGAACGUGCUAUUAGGACUGCCGAUGAAAGAAAUGUAGAAAAGAGCACCAAACGAGCUUCUGAUAUGAACAUUCUCAUCGGAUACAAACCUUUGGUGCGACACUACAGUUAUCACACCAGGGCCUAUUACAGUCUUAAGUACCAGAAAAUUCUUUAAGCUGAGACAAAUGUUGCAAAGAAGAAAAACUUGAAAAAUAGAAAAAAAUGACUUCAUGCGAAACGAAAAUCUGCGAAAUAUGUGCUGAAAGUUUUCUAGAAGAACUUACAGCAGUUAAUCUAUUACUAAUCAAACAAUUGCACAUGUGUGUGUAUGUUACAUGAUUGUUGAAACGCACACAUUUAUUACAUAUAAAUUCACAUAAGUUUAUUGACUUUUAUUAAUUAUUAUAAAAAACUAUUUGUAUACAUAAUUAUUUCUUAUGAAAUUAAUAAACUGAGAGAAAUAUUUAUUAACAGAAAAGGUAUAUCUUUACAGUAAACAAAAUACAUGGUAUUUUUGAAGCGCUUCUCUUUACUUUAAACCAUAUAACUUUGUUGUUAAUGGAUAUUUUUCUCAGUAUCUGAAACAAACAGAAAUUACGAACGAAGAAAAUGUUUCUGAUUAAACUUUAUUUUAGAACACGUCUUUCCACGAACGAUUACUAUUAGUAUGAUUAUGUGUGAGUAAAAUUCUUAUAGAGUUGACUAGAAAUAUUUAUUUUUUCAUUAGAAAAUCAUACGAAGAAAACAAUUCUGAUGAGAGAUUUUUAAAGUCAAAGUUAUUGAAUUUCAGAGAAAUUUCAAGCUGUAUCAAUUAAUUAAUUAAUUAGUUAGUUAAUUAAUUUAAUUGCAUAUCAGUAAUACACAAUUGGCAAUUUACAUUGAUAUAUGACAAACGAUUCACGAAUCAAAAAAUAUAUUGUUAACGUUUUUAUUUGAUUUUUAUUUCAUGAAUAUGUAUAAUAUUAUACUCUACUCCAAAUGCCUUAUCUACUUUUUACGUAAAAUUCAAUAAACAAAAUAUUUCCGGAUUUAAA